AUGCAAUCUCCAAAAAGAACUCUAUAAAUUUUAAUUCCUCACACUUCUACUUCUCAAGUGAAAAGCCGUUCAAAUGAAAAUGAUAUUAUAGAUCAUAAAAUAAAACUGGUUUUAUUAGGACUUGAAAUUGAGCGUCUCCAUAAAGUAGCUAUACUAAUAACAGAUAAAUACGAGGAUAAAAUUUAAUAAUUAGAAACAACAUGUAGCCUUACUUUAUAAUGAUUAGAAUAAUUACUAAAAGAUAAAAUAGAAAAUUUAGAACUUAAAAUAGCCACAUUGAAUCAAUAAUUGUUUAUUAAAGAUGAUUUUAUUAAUGAAAUUUUUGAUGAAAAGUAUAUUAAUUAUAUAAUUAUUAGAUGUCCUGAUGAAGUUAAUAAAAAAUUGAAUAAUUAAUUGAAACAAGUUACUCAAUAAUUAAAUAGAGCAAAAAAAUAAAUUGAAACUCUUAAUGAAAUAAAUAUAAUCUUUAAGAAAAAUCCUCCAGAUAAUCCUGAACUUAUAGAUAUGAUCAAAGAAUUAGAAAAUAAUUAUGAAGAUAUGCUUUAAAAAAAAGAUUAAGAAAUUACAAAUCUUAAAAUUAGAAAUUCUUCAUAUGAUUAAAGUCAUAGUUAAGAAAUGUCUGAUUAAAAAUCAGAACUCUUAAGAAUUCAAUUAUAAAAUCAAUUUCUAAAUGAAAAAAUAGAAACUAUAUUAGAAGAGAAUGAAAAAUUAAAAUAAUAAUUAAAAUCAUCUCAUUCUGUAUAAUCUAAUAUAAAUGAUUAAUCUUAAUAUAGAUUAGUAACUAAAAUAAUUUAAUAAGAACCAUUCAAUGCUUAUUCAGAUUUCUAAUUUCUUGGAAAAUAGGAUAUACUUAAUCCAUAAUAAUAAUAAUCAAAUUCACCUUAAAGAACAUCUUAUCAAAAUUCUUAAGAAUUUAUACAAACACUUAAAAAGAUAGAGAAAAUAUAAUUAGAUGCAUAAUUUAAUCCUCAAAAUAUAUUAUCUUAAAUUAGAUUAAGUGCAACUUUGUUACAUUUAAAAAGAAUGGAAUUACCAAAUGAUUUAAAUGAUACAUAUGUUAAAUACUUAAAUCAAAUAGAAUAAUCUGAUGUUAAAUCUGAAGAUUAAUCUAAUUUAACAUCUACUGUUAAACCUAAAAAAUUAUUCUUUAAAAUUGAGGAAGAUGAUACUUAAUAAAAAUAAUUGAGAACUCCAUCUUCUUAAUUUAUAAAUUAAAAACCUCUAUCUAAUCAUCAACAUUAAUGUGUUUAAGUUGAUUUCUUAGAUAAAUAAUAAUUAGAUCAAACAUAAAAUGAUCUUGAAAAAUUAAAAAACGAAUAUUAAUUAUUAUAAAAAAAAUUAAAUACCAAAAUAAUUAAUGAUACUAAACCUAUUUCUUAAUCGAAUGUUAAAAAUUCAGUACAACCAGAUGAAUUUUAAAAACUAUUUGAAAAAGAUAAUAUAAUAAAUAGGUAAUCUGAUUAUAAUUCCGAUAAGUAAAUUUUAUAAUAGUUAAAAAGAUAAUUAGAAUAUUAAGAAGAAUAACUUUAAUAUUUAAGAAUUUAAAAUUAAAGAUAAUCAUAUUUAAUCAAAUAACUGUAAGAUAAAAACCAUAAAGAUUCAGAAAAAUCAGAUGAUUAUCAAAUAGCUUUAAAAAAUGAAAAUAAUAAUUUAAAUGAAAUUAUUAAUACAUUAAAAUUAGAAUUAACUAAUCUUAAGAAAAAGUAACAUAAAACUUGCUUAAAUUAAUUUAUUUAAACAGAUUCUAAAUUUAUAGUAAAAAAUAAAGAAACAUAAACAGAUGAAGUUAUUAUGGAAGAACAAUUAAAUUAAUUAGAAUCUUAAUUAUAAUUCUAAUAAGAAAAUUAAGAAAACAAUAAUUUGAGAUCUUAACAUGAAGAACAAAAAAAUAAUUAAUAAAAUUAAAAUAAUUCAUAAGAUUAAUAAUUCUAAGAAUUUGAUUAAGUAAUUCAAACUCUAAAAUAAGAAUAUAUCCAAUAAUAAGAAUAAUUGCAAUUAGAAAUAAUUCAGUUAAAAUUAUAAAAUACAGAAUUAUUUAAAUAAUAAGAAUCUUUUAAAGAAUUAUAAUAAGAGAAUGAAAAAUUAAUGGAAGAUUUAGAUUAUUAUAAAAGUAUUCUUUUAAAUUAAACUGAAAUAAGGGAAGAAGGUAAAUUACAUAUAAAUAACAAUAAAGUGGAUCAAGAAGUUUAAAUGAGUCAAGAAGAAAUCGUAAUAAAAUAUUAAUUAGAAAAUUAAGAAUUGUAAGAAUUAAAAGAAAAAGAAAAUUUAUUGUAAUAAUUAUUAGAGCAAUAAUAAUUAGAAUUAUAAUCGAAAUAAAUUCAUUUGAAUUAGUUACAAAGUUAUGCUGAAAAUCUUUUGAACUAAAUAAACAAUUUAUAAUAGAAUAAUGUUGAUUUACAAUAAAUCAUUAAAGAUUAAGAAACUGAAUAUUAAACAUAAUUAUCUUAAAUUAAAUUAAGAUUAAGUGCUUUAGAAGAAUAAUAAGUCAAAGAACAUUCAAGAUCUAUUAGUAUUUCUGAAAAUAAUGAUUUAACAAAAGAAAUUAAUAAAUCAUAAGAUCUUAUUUAGUAAGAAAACAAAAAUAAUGAUUUAGAAAUUUAAAUUAGAAGAUUAAUCGAUGAAAAAGCUAUACUCUAUGAUUAAAUGUACAAAUAACAACAAGAUUUUAAAUAAUAAAUAAAGACUUUAAGUGAUGAUUUUGAAUUUUAAAAACUUUAAUUAGAUGAGAAAAUAAAAGAAUUGGAGAAUAAAAUUGUACUCUAUGUAGAUGGUGAUUAAAAUUUAAUGAAAGAAAAUUAAAAUUUAGCAAGUUAAGUUUAAAAUCUUAGUAAUUAAUUAAUAUUAGCAAGACAAUAAAAUAAAAUUAAUUCUUAAAAAAAAUUAUAAUCUACAUCUUCCUCUCCAAGAGGAUUAAUUGAAACUUAAAAACAAAUUAUAAUAAUUAAAGAGUAAGAAAAUGAAAUUAUUUAACUUAGAAAUAGCUAGGAAUAAUUGUAAUUUGAUUUAAAUAAAAUGAAUGAAUUAUUUACUUAAUAAUCAAAUGAAAAUUCAGAAUUGAAAUAUGAAGUAUUAGCUUUAAAAACAGAAAAUACUUUCGAAAAAUAAGAAAAUCAAAGAUUAAAAUAGUAAAUUGUUACAACAAAAGAAUAAAUAUAAAUGUUAAAUAAAUAAUUAGAUUUAAAUAAAAAAAAUAAUAAAAAAGAAAUUGAUUAUUUGAACUCUUAAUUAGAAUAAUAUAAAGUUUAAUUAUUUUCUACAUAAUCAAAAAUCUCAACAUCAAUAAUAACAAAAGAUUAAUUUACUCAAUUAGAUACUUAAGUAUAUGUUGUUGUUGAUUAAGAUUUAUUAGAUUAGAAGGAUAAUAUUAUAUAUAAUUUGAAAAAAUCUCUCUAAUCUAAAGAUAAUGAUUUAGAUUAAACAUUAUAAAAUCUAUUAAUAACAAGAUAAGAAUUAUUUCAAGCCAACAAUUAAUUAUUAAAAUUAAGAUCUAUUUUACAAAAUUAAUAAGCAGCAUAAUCUUAAGUUAAUUAAUAUAGAACAUAUAAGGAUUCUACUCUUUAUCCUCCAAAAUAAAAUAUGAUUAUUUUUAAUCAAAGAACUUCUAGAAGUGAAGAACGUCAUAAAAAUUGUUCUUAAGAUAAAUAAGAAAGAGUAUCUUUUUGGAAAAAAAAAUAUGAAGAGGUACUUUAAUAAAAUUAUAUUAAAUCAUCAGUUAAUUCUUAAGAUUCAUAAUAUAAGAUAAAGUUUGAAGAAUCUCAAAAAACUUGUUAGAAUCAUUUGAAAGAUCUAGAAAAUUAUUAAGAAUAAAAUCGUCAAUUAUUAUAAAUGAUUGAUAAUAAUUAAAUUAAUAGUAAUUAAUUGAUUAAAUAUGAAGAUGAAACAAAAAUACUUAAAAGUCAAUUAUAUAAUUUAAAAUAAGAAUUACAUGAGCAAAAAAUGUUAAGCAAUAAAUAUUAGUCUGAAUUAUAAGAACUACAAUUAAUAAAUUCAUAAAAUAAAGUAACAUAAAUUAUUGAAGCAAAUAAUAAAGAUAUUGAAAACUAUGUUAAUUAAAUUUUUAAUGCAAAAUAACAGAAUUUAGAAUUACUAGAAAAAAAUUAAGAUUUUGAAAAAUAAAUAAAACUAUUAAAUACAAAGUUGAAAGAAGAAGAUGAUAAAAUGAUAUUAUUAAAAUAGUAAUAAUAAUAAUCAAUGUAAGAAUUAGAUGAAUUGAAAUUCUUAAAUAGUCAAUUGAAUAAAGAAAAAUUAAUAUUAUUACAAAGUAAAUCUGAAUAAGAUUAAUAAAAUCAAUUAAAUUUCAAUUAUUCAAACAAUUAGUAUUUUAAGAGAUCAACAGAAUUAAAUUGUAAUAGAUCAGAAAUCAUGCAUAAUUUAGAUAUCAUAAGAUAAGAAUUAAAAGUAUAUUAAUCAAAAUGUUAAAUUUAAGAAUUUGAAAUCAAUUAAUUAAGAUAAUAAUUGUAAUAACCUAUUCCAUAAUAAAAAUUAAUAAGUUCAAAUAAAUUUAAAGAAUAAUAUGAAUACUUAAAUGAAAUUUUAAAAGAAUUAGAAAUAACGAAAUUACAAAAUGAAAAUUUAAGAAAAUAAAAUUCAGAACUCUUUGAUUAUCAAUCAAAAUUAAUAGAUGAAAAUGAUAAUCUAAAAAGAUUAAAUAUUAAUAGUCCAUUAAAUAGUCCAAGAAUUUAAUAAUAAAUUAAUGAUUCUUAAUAAUAAGAAUAAAGAAAAAGUAACAAUGGAAAUUUCAAUUUAUAAAUUGAAAAAUUUUCUUAACGUUUAACUACAGCUAAAAUUUCUGAGAUAGAGGUAUUAAAAUAGGAAUUAGAGAUUAUGAAAAGUUAAGUUUUAAACUCAAGUACUCACGUUAAAGAAGCAGAAUCUUUAAGUUUAUAAGCAAGAGUGUUAAGCCUUGAAAAAUAAUUAUAAUCUGCUCAAAAUUAAAUUUAAAAUUUAAAAGUACUGAAAUUAUAAUAUUAUUAGUAAAUAAUACAAGAGAAUAUAGAGCUUAAGUAAUAAAUCAAAUAAUUAAAGGAAUCCAAUUCCAAAAUAUAACAUUUUUUUAACAAUAAUGUAAAUAUUUUAAUAAAAUAUAGUAAAAAACAUCAGAAUAAGAUUUAUCUCAAACUGAAAAAUUAAAUAGGGAAUUAACAGAGAAAAUUAGUGAGUUAACAUAAUUGAAGAUAAAAUAUAAAUAAGCUUUGACAAUAAUGCACAAAAUGGAAAAUAGAUAGUAAUUUUAAUGA